UGGCCAUUUCGAGACUGCAUACAGGAAGUAAACAUAGGAUGAGACGCCCCAGUGUCUUUUCGAAAGGAACGAUCUGAUCUCAAUACCAUAAAAAUGGAUCGCUUUUCCUGGUCAAAUGGCCUUUUAGAAAUGAACGAGACGUUGGUGAUACAACAACGAGGGGUCAGAUUGUAUGACGGAGACGAAAAGGCUAAACUGGACGUGGGAAUUGUCCUAUUGAGCACCCAUCACUUGAUUUGGAGGGACGCCAAAAAUCAUGAAUGCUGCAUUUCAAUGCCACUGUCGCAGAUUGUCUUUUUUGAAGAACAGGCUGCAGGAAUAGGGAAGAGUGCAAAAAUUGUUAUUCAUCUGCACCCUCCACCACCCAACAAGGAGCAAGGUCCCUAUCAACACAGCAAGUUUCCCUACAUCAAGCUCUCCUUUAAAGAACAUGGACAGAUUGAGUUUUUUAGGAGGCUAACAGAGGAGAUGACUCAGAAAAGAUGGGAAAACACUCCUGCUUCUCAACCCAUCUCAACAGGAACUGCCUCACAGUCAGGAAGGACGCGCGCAGUGGGGAUUGUUGGCAUUGAGCGUAAGAUAGAGGAGAGGAGGAAAGAAACGGACAAAAACAUCUCAGAGGCCUUUGAGGAUCUGAGCAAGCUGAUGGUAAAGGCCAAAGAGAUGGUGGAGCUGUCCAAAUCUAUAGCAAACAAGAUAAAAGACAAACAAGGGGACAUAACAGAGGAUGAGACGAUCCGCUUCAAGUCCUACCUGCUGAGCAUGGGUAUCGCCAACCCUGUCACCAGGGAAACUCACGGCUCUGGCACACAUUACCACUUGCAGCUGGCUAAACAACUAGGAGAUAUGCUCCAGGCCCCUCUGGAGGAGCGUGGAGGCAUGAUGGCACUCACAGAGGUCUACUGUAUGGUCAACAGAGCUCGAGGCAUGGAGCUUUUAUCCCCGGAGGAUUUGUUGAACGCAUGCAAGAUGUUUGAAUCCUUGUCGCUGCCAUUGAGGCUGCGUGUGUUUGACAGCGGCGUGAUGGUGGUGCAGCUGCAGUCUCACAGCGAAGAGGAAAUGAUCGCCUCAGCGCUGGACAAUGUGUCAGAGAAAGGUUCUUUAACAGCAGAGGAGUUUGCAAAACUGUUGGGGCUAUCAGUUCUUCUGUCUAAAGAGCGGUUGCUACUGGCUGAGAAGAUGGGCCACCUGUGUCGAGAUGAUUCGGUAGAGGGUUUGAGGUUCUACUCGAACCUCUUUUGAGCUGUUUGUCUCCAUCAUGGAUAGGGAUGGGUACCAAAUUCGGUACUUUCAUAGGUACCGACCAAAGUCUAUCGGUAUUACCGGGUACCAAUUCACAUUAAUUCAAGCGGUGCCAUAUGUCGAUACCUUUGGUUGCACGUCACAUCAAGUCCGGUUGCAGUCCCGGCACGACUCAAAAACUUGGCCGGGAAACAAGCAGUCAAGCAGCGCUCAGAGCGACUUCAGCCAAACUGCCUCUAGGUAUUGUUACAAUUUUCCAUGCCAACAAAGUAAGGAGGAGGACCUUAAAGGUAUUGUAAGGUUUGAAUUUUCAAAAUGUACUAGCUCGAUGCUAAUUUAUUUUGGAUUUGCCAUAGACAUGCUGCUAAUUAGCAUUAUCAAUUUUGUAUGGUGAUCUUAACACCUUAAAAUUUGUUAAUCAGAACUACAUCAAAUAGCUGGUGUGUAAUACAUGCAAUACUUGCAGUAUAAACACUUUGUAGGGCUCAACAAAAUAAAAAUACAUUGGUACAUUCAUCUUGAUGGCAAAGACUACUUCCUGACCAAGGCAACACAACAUAGUGUAUACAUUACUGCCAUCUAACAUCUUUGAAUUGCAACUGCAUGCAAAGUGUACACUUACUAUUUGGGUGACGUGGCUGGGUCGGUAGAGCGGCCGUGCCAGCAACUUUAGGGUUCCAGGUUUGAUCCCGGACAGCACAGAUUGUUGUUGCGUUUUUAAUUUACAAAAAUAGCAAUUAACAUUUAUUAACACAUUUGAACACAGAAAGGUACCGAAAAUGAGCACAGCUGAGUAUGAAACCAUAUUGAUUCAAAUGUGAAAGAUACCCAUCCCUAAUCAUGUAUUAUUAGAUAGCAAUGUAUCAGAAAUUGACUGCGCUCUCUUCAUUUUAUCAUGUCGAAAACACCUUUUCCUCCACCUGGAGUUUGCAAUAAACUUGUGAUAAAUACAUAUUCACAAUGUAUCAGGACUAGGAAUGUGUGUGAAAAAUCAUGUUAAUAAA